UAAGGGAGCAUUAGGAGGUUUGGGUUUCACAACAGUCUUUUUCCUUAUCUCCACACGGUCAAGUCUAUCUGAAUACUGGAGAGUCCUGGUGAAGCAUCCCUGGUUAAUUGUACACUUAAUUUCUUUUGUCAAGUUUCUACAUACAGUUUUGAAAGGUUGAUUGAUGUUUGUUCUAAAGUACCAUAAACAUUUAUGGAGAUGGCGUAUCGUGGAGGUGAACGUGAUUUUCAAACUUCUGCACGAAGGAUGGGGACUUCAUUGUUGUUUCAGCUGUCAGUACAUGAAAGGGAACUGGAUUUAGUAUUUUUGGAUCACAGCUAUGCGAAACCUUGGAGUGCACACCCUGACGCCAGUAAUGCUCGCCCUACCCGCAUGCUCUUUGUCACGCCACGGAGACAUCAGGACAAUGUUGUCAGUGAAGUUGAUCUUCCUAUAGAUGUAGAAACUGUCACACCGACCCCUAUGCCAUUAUAUGAUAAUCAAAAAGCUCGUAGUGUGAUGAACGAGUGUGAGCGCCAUGCAAUCUUUGCAAGGACUGACACAGACAUACCACUUCCUCCAGAUGACUGGGAAGAGCACAUCAAUAGAUCUGGCUGGACGUUGGCUCAGAAUAAGUUAUUUAAUAAGGUCUUAAAAGCUCUUCAGUUAGAUAGACUGGCACGUUUAGCACAUGAAGGGGCCAGCAAUGAGCCUGUUCUGCGAAGGAUUGCAGUUGAUAAAUGUGCACGGAGAGUUCGUCAAGCUCUAGCAAGUGUAAACUGGGAAACUAAGCUAACACAGUGGCUUCACUCAACCUUAGUAGAAACAUUAAGUUUGCCAAUGUUGGCAGCUUACUUGGAUGCACUGCAAACACUGAAAGGAAAGGUUCCUACACUUAUUGACAGAAUGUUGUUGUCCUCCACUACAAAGACAGGAGCUGCAGGAGCUGAGGCACUGUCACUGUUGUUGAAGCGACCUUGGGAUCCAGCUGUUGGAGUACUGUCACAAAAUAAACCAGGUAGGCUGCCUGGCUCCCCGCUGAUUUUGAUUGUACCUACAGGUCCCUCCAAUCCAGUAUUUUCCACUUCACGGCGUCAUCGCUUUUGGCAAUCGCAGCUGGCUUGUUUUGGAAAGGUAAUCCCUAUUGCCACGCAUCUUGUAAACAAUGGGAAUGGAGUGAGUCUGUCUCAGUGCCUCGAACAUAUGAUUGCUGCAGUCAGGAGCAAAGUUCUUGAGGUUCACAGUCAUUUUACACACAAGCCGAUUAUUCUAAUUGGCUGGAAUAUUGGAGCUCUGAUAGCAUGUCAUGUUUCUGUAAUGGAGUAUGUCACUGCUGUCGUCUGCCUCGGAUUUCCUCUUAUUACAACAGAAGGCCAAAGAGGGGAUGUUGAUGAUCCAUUGUUAGAUAUGAAGACCCCUGCCUUGUUUGUUAUUGGUCAGAAUGCAGUACAGUGCAAUGUGGAGUCAAUGGAAGAUUUCCGUGAGAAAAUCCGAGCAGAUAACAGCAUGGUGGUUGUAGGAGGAGCUGAUGAUAACCUUCGGAUUAGUAAAGCCAAGAAGAAAUCUGAAGGACUGACACAGAGUAUGGUGGACAGAUGCAUUCAGGAUGAGAUUGCGGAUUUCUUAACAGGAGUUCUCACCCGAGCAGAGAGCCAGUCUGCCUCUGAACCCAAAGAUCUAGAUGCUGAAAAGAAAAAAAAGGUUCGUGAACUGAAACGUGAUCUUUCCUAUGAAAUGCAGGAACGGCGCAGCAGACCUGCCUCCCCAGCAGUUCGUGUGCCUAUUUCUCCUUCUGGCUCAGAGGAUUUUUCUAGUGUCUCCAGUAGUCCUGCAUCAAGCCCAAAGACAAAAACAUCUACCCUUUCACCAGCACAGAAAUCUAGCCUGAUUACCGCCACUCAGCUCCUGAAAACCCAUAUGCAGAAAACAGGAACCAUAAUGACGCACAAGCAAGCCCAAGUUCCAGUGCCUUUAGAACAGCCUGACAUGACAGAGAAGGAAGAUGCACGAGUGCAGCUAAAGAGACGCCAGACUCCAAGCCCAACACCUGCUAAACCAUCAAAACGAGCAAAAAUCAAAGUCACUAUCUUAUCUCAUGCAGAUGGGACAGGAGUUGGAACUGCAGUAUCUCCCCAUACAGCAAUAUCGCAAGAAGGUACUGGAGGUAAACCAGUGACUGUUACAGUGGGUCAUCCUUUGCCUGGUUCCAAGGAAAGGACAGCAGUGCUACCAGCACAGAGAACAAGUGCAACUGAGAGCAUUCCUGCAAGUCUCUCACCAUCUGGUGUAAUUCCUAAUAUUGCUACAUCUCACAGUGCGUUCCAGACGUUGCAGACACGACUGACUGCCAGCUCAGCAGCCAGUGUACAAACACAGCUUGGAACUGCCUCACAAGGAUCAUCAUCGGCAAGCAGCCUUCUUCAGGGAUUAAGUUUUAGCCUGCAAGAUAUUGGUGGCAAGCCUUCCACUGUUUCCUCAACUGUAGCUUCAGCCACUGUUCAGGCCACAGUUGUUAAGACAACACCUGUACGAACCAUUCCAGUGCAGACAUCAGCGGCCUUGUCGGGAGUGAGUAGUGGGAAGCCUACAACUAUUCAUCAGCUACUUACUAAUAGAGGGUUAGCAAAAUUGGCUUCUAGCAUCCCUAAUCUGGCACAGAUUUCAAACCAGGCAGCAGGCCUGAAAGUUCCUACCACAAUUACAGUCACUCUGCGAGGACAGCCAGCUAGAGUUUCUCCUGUAAGUCCAGCUGGAACCUGUUUGCCAAAAACAGAGGCCCAACAGGCUCAAGACAGUAAUGUAGGUACUGUGGUUUCUCAAACUUCUGUGGCCUUACAGACAGGAAAAGUCUUACCUCAGAUUGAACUUGGUAGAAUCCAGUCUGCAGCAGAGAUGUCUUCGUCUUCCGUCAGUGGUGACAAAGGUCCCAGUCCAUUAUCAUCUGCACUAUCACCUUCAGUAACAACCACCAGCCCCACAAAAACUCUCUAUGUCAUGUCUGAUGCCAAGCUUUCUGCACUCACCAAGUCGAUGAUGCCACAAGUAGAGACAGUGCCAUCUUGUACAAAAACAGCCGUUCAACCCACUACAAACAUUGCAGCAGGUAUUGUCACUUUAGAAACCCAAGCUCAAAGCAGCCCCACCUGCACAGUGGUCCUGUCCAAAGUAGGACAAGUCUUGCAUAGUACAUCCAACACGGUUAUCUUGGCACCAGCAGUAAAGGGAGAACUUAUGAGUGGACAUACCAGUGAUAAAACGGGUGCAAGUAGUGUCCUCUUGACCAAGGGUUCCUUGCCUGCAGUAAGCCAGACUAUUGGAGCUCCAGACUCUUUGGGAAGAAUUCCUUCGGUUGGUCAUGCUACAGUUGAUGAAGGAACAGCAUUAAUCUGCACAGCUGAAUCUCUUUCACACAGAUUUGUUGCACAGUCAAGUGCUUUGCACUCUCCAUGUACUGCUGUUCUUAACUUGUCUAGUUCCACUACAACUACAUCUGGAUUAUCUGUAGCCCGGCUCCAAGGGCCACCAGACAGUCAUCAGCAAUAAAUUUCAUAUACACGGCAGUCAAUUUCAUUGUUUAUACAACUUUGUUUCUUUUUCAGUUGUAUUUUGCAUUUGUCAAUAAAUUUAUUGUUUUUCUGA